AUGCCGCCCUCUCCAACCCAUUCACGUAACGUCUCCUCAGCCAACGGGACCAACAAUACUGCCACCGAUGCGCCCACCCAAUCUCCGACCAACAAGCGCAAGUCCUCUACCUCGACCUCCCAAGAACCCAACGGGCACAGCAAAGAUGAAGCGGACAACGGAAAGAAGAAACGUCGGAAGGUCAACCAUGCUUGUGUGUACUGUCGACGGUCGCACAUGACGUGUGAUCUUGAGCGGCCAUGCGCGCGAUGUGUGAAGCGGGACAUCGGGCACUUAUGUCACGACGAGCCGAGAGAAGGCUCGAAUGGACGGAGGAACGGGAGUGAGGUUGGAGGGAUGGCGGAGCUGGCACCUGCGGGCGAGGGAGAGGCGGUGGGGAAGAUGGAGAUGCCUGGGAAUACUGUUGGGAAUGGUGGGUUCGGGAGGCUGUCGACGGGAGAUCUGGGCAUGGGGGUGGGAGAGCCGAGUGCUGCUGGAGGUGCUGCUCAGCAACCUCAGCUCGCGCAACCGACACCUGUAUCGCCUGUGCAGUUGCAAAGAGGAGCGGCGGCGUCAGCGACUUUGGGAGGCAUGAUGCCGCCCAACUUCGACUGGAACAACAGCGGCGUGCACAACCAGUUCCAGGACAUGCACCACCUCCAUCCGAACUACAUGUUUAACACAUCCGAAGUGACGAACGAGUACAACCUCCUGAACGACUUCCUUUCCACCAGCUUGCUCGACGACGGCGCUCUCUACAACGCCGACACGGCCAACACCUUCCUCUCCGACCCCCUCCUCUCCACCAACAGCGUCAACACCCUGGCCAAUUCCUUCCCCCAACAACCCCAGCUCCAACCACCCUACCAACUCCCCCCUCAACAACCCACCCUCGCCCCUUCCACCACCCAACCCCAAAAUCCCUCCCAGCCCAACGACCCCAUUUCCCGCCCCCCAUCCGCCCAUCCAACCUCCGAAGCCACGCGCAACAAAUUCUACCUCACCGCCGCCGACCCGGCCGGCCUCUCCAGCGCCGAAGACCGCCUGCACAAACUCCUCAAAGCCAAGUACGACGCCGGCAUGCUCAAACCCUUCAACUACGUGCGCGGCUACGCUCGCUUAAACAGCUAUAUCACCCAACACCUCUCCCGCCAAAGCCAAGUCCGGAUCCUCAAGCAACUCGACCGCUUCCGCCCGAAAUUCCGCGAAGCCAUGAAGAACCUCACCGACAUGCAGCUCGUCCUCGUCGAAAUGUGGUUCGAGCGCAGCCUCAUGGAAUAUGACCGCGUCUUCGCCUCCAUGGCCAUCCCCGCCUGCUGCUGGCGGCGCACGGGCGAGAUUUUCCGUGGGAACCGGGAGAUGGCGGAGCUGGUCGGGGUGGAGUGGGAGGGGUUAAGGGAUGGACGGAUGGCGAUCCAGGAGUUUGUGGGUGAGGAGAGUCUAGUGAGUUAUUGGGAGAAGUUUGGGGCGAUUGCUUUUGAUGGGACGCAGAAGGCUAUUCUGACGAGUUGUGCGUUGAAGAGGAGGAGGAAGGGCGGGGAGGGAGAGGAGGGGUUGGAGACGGUGAGGUGUUGUUUUUCAUUUACUAUAAGGAGGGAUACGCAUAAUAUUCCCUCCCUGAUCGUGGGCAACUUCAUACCCAUUCGGCAUCGCAAAGAGCGGCAUGGAGUGGCGGAGAGUUCGCGAGCGGCGGCGUAG